AUUGAAACAAGCGGCUUCCAAAGCGAUAGGCGUUUGUGAUAAUGAUAAGAAAUGAAAACGGCCGAAUUAUGUGCGAAUUGAAGACGUUUUCAUUUUAAACGGUCCGUUUUUGCUACACCAUUAAUUAUACAAUGAUGUGUAAUUAGUCGUGUACUUAGAAAUGCAUUAUUAGUCAAGGGCGUAUAGGGAAAAAUACAAAAAAUUUCGUUUAUUUCGUUUCGAAUGAAAAACGUUGAUUUCCCCACUCGCGUUGCGUUGUUGUGGCUUUAUCUACGAUGAUCUCACUGGGAUUGAUUAUGAAUCGAUGUGCAAAAAUGUUGAGAAUAGGUGCAUCACGACGGAUUCUAUCUAAAAUCAAUUCUCAUUCCAAAUCAUCUGAUCGAAGGUUUUGUGUGUGUCUUCUUUUUUCUCUCUCUCACAAUUUAAUAAUCAUUUCAGAUUGAUCAGUUCUGACGCGGUGGCGAUGGCUAUCGUCUAAAUUCAAAGUGCUUGUAUUCAACGUGAAGGGGUGUCUACGAGCGUUUCACAUACGAAAACCAUUGAUUUCGAGUAAAAUUCGAAAAUUCCAAAUUGAAAUAAUUUCGUGUAUUCGAGAGUGUUAUUUUAAUCCAAUAAAGAAAAAAACGGAAGAAUAAUGGAGUUGUCGUUGAAGCGACUGCUCGCCAUAUGUGUAUACAUAAUGUGUGUGUUUGUCGUGUGCGAAAUUGGUACAAUCAGUGCGCAGCGAACGAUACUCGAUAAGUUCAUCAAUGAAUAUCGCAAAUUUCGAGGGGGACUGUUCAAGUUCAUUGGCCGCUCUGACACUGAAUCGGCAUAUCUAUGGAAUUUUAAAAGACAGAAAGUACAAAAACCAUAUCCACAAACGGCCCGUUUUUUCUGUGAUCCAAAUGGACCGGGCGCAAGAAGUGACAGCGUUCCAUCUUCAGCGCAUACGGUGCGACCAGGUGAUAUAGACAUCGUUGCAGCCAUAGGUGAUUCGCUGACUGCCGGCAAUGGGGCAUUUGCCACGAACAUUUUACAAGUGAUCGUUGAAAAUAAAGGUGUUUCAUGGUCAAUCGGCGGACAAGGCACUUGGCAUAAAUUUCUAACGCUUCCAAAUAUACUGAAGGAGUUCAACAAGAAUUUAUACGGGUAUUCGCUACAGGACGGGUUUUCGACCGAUAAAUCCGCAAGGUUUAACGUGGCUGAAAUAGGUGCGAUGUCUCGAGAUAUACCACACGAGGCGAAAAUUCUGGUGAAGCGCAUGCGAAGUGAUCCAAAUGUUGAUUUGCAGAAUCAUUGGAAGAUUGUAACCAUUCUAAUCGGUCCAAAUGAUUUCUGCUCUGACUUUUGCUAUCUGCCGUAUCCAGAGAGAUCAGCCGAAAAUCAUCGCCGGGAAUUGAUUGAAACACUUCGCACACUGCGGGACAAUUUGCCACGUACAAUUGUUAAUCUAGUGACACCACCAAGCAUGAAAGUGAUCUAUCAACUGCGUGGCAAGCCAAAAGAAUGUAUAUCAUCGAAUCAUUUUGAGUGCCCUUGUAUCUUUGGUUUCAAGUAUGGUGGUUUGCGUCAACGUUAUUUCAACACCAUGGUCAAAUGGCAAGAGGUGACAGCCGAAGUGCCGGAAUUGGAUGAGUUCAAUAAAAAAGACGAUUUUGCGGUGAUCAAUCAACCAUUUUUGCGGCAAGUAAAAUUUCCGCGCGUCUCCAAUGGCAAUAACGAUUACACAUACAUGUCAGUCGAUUGCUUUCAUCUCAGUCAAAAAGGAUACGCCAUCGCCAGUAAUGGCUUGUGGAACAAUAUGUUCGAACCGUACGGCAAUAAAUCGACCAAUUGGAAGAAGGAAUUCAGCGAAUUCAAGUGUCCAACUGCCGAGCAUCCAUAUAUAUUCACAAAAAAGAAUAGCUAAUGAUGCCAUUUUGUUUAGAUUCUAAUCAUUUGUCUCUUAGUCAUUUUCGAAAUAAAUUAGUCCAAGCAUGCGACUAAUCCAAAUGGAUCUCGGUUUUUCGAGCAUAUUUGCUGAAUACAAAACGAAACAGAACACAAAUGGCUCGAAAAUUGGUGUAUUUACGAUUUUGAUAAGUGAAGGACGCAAUUCGUCUGAAGUGAACUGAAUUAUUGUCAUAAGAAAAAUUUUAGAAGAAAUAAAAAUGUGUUUUUGUAUCACGAGUUGAUGCUAGCCGAUUUUAGCCAUGAAGAGACAUCUUUUUAUGUCAUUUAGUGGAUAAUUUUUGUUUGUAUUUUUAAUUGCCAGAGAAAUAAAAGUCUAUGUUUAGUUCGACAUUA